AUUAUGAUUGUUAGGUUUAGGGGAUAAAGUUUAUGCGUGAUUUCAGGACUGUUAAGGUUGAUUUCAAGCGAAAUUUCGAGCUGGCAUUUUUUUACACCCCACAGUUAUGGAUAAUUUGAAUUUCAAAGAUCAAUCUAUUUUUGACACGUUCUACACAAUAAAAAGCGUUAGACCAUUCAGCGAAGAAUUAUACUUCGAAUAAAGCUUAUCUCGUCAUCGUCGACAGCAAUAACUGGCAUAAACAUGGAAAGUUGCUUAAAAUAUCUCCCUCAAAAAAGCUACAAUACCGCUGGCAGAGUACUCCUUACUAUAUUUGUAUCAAUUGGUGUUGUUGUGAUUGGAAUCGCAGGGAUUUUUGAGUCUAAAGCGACGUUGCAAUGUGACCCAAACAAGAGACUAGCGAGUGAUUUACCAACAAGGAAGUACAUCGACACGCAAUGUUUACUGAAAUACGCGCAAGAAUUUCAGCCCUUCCUUCCUCUUUACGUUAUCUUCAUGCUGAAUUUUGGAUUUGUGCUCUUAUUAAGUAUCAUUUACGCUUAUUCCGUCGAACAUCGCGUGAAAAUUUUUGUGAACACUCAAAGUACAACAACGAAUAUCGGUGAAGAGGAAAGUCAGCCACUAAUGUCGGAAAUUUCACAAGCAGCUGCGGACCCUACCGCGCAUCGAAAAUCGGCUGGUCGUUAUGUUGUUUUCACAUGGUAUGUCGUACAUUUGAUUAUUUCUCGUAUAAUACCAUUGGUAGUCUUUGCAGUUGUGCUGUUAUCGUCAUCAAAUUUUCCGGUGCAAUAUCAAUGUCAGUUGCAACCUAAAACCACAAGCUCCUCCAGGGUGAACUUUACCCAAAGGCAAAAUACUAACUUUUCAACUGUGGAUUGCGUAUAUCCCACAGGCAGCCAAAAUAAAAAUUUAGCCGUCGCUGUUGUAACAAUAGAUUUUCUUGUUGCUACCACAGCGUUUAUUGAGCUUGUUUAUUUGCUGUUGUCAGCAUGGAAUGAUGAUAAUCUACUAACUGACAGAGAGUUUUGCUGUUUUUACCUUUUGAGAAAGAGUAAAAGGAUACGAAAAUUGAUAAAAGUUAUCAGAAAGAGCAUUACAGAGGACACGUUCCAUUUGUAUGAUGAUUUUAACGAGGAAGAUUGGAGACGUCGAAAACUGGAAGAGAUGUAUAUUAAUGUUAUAAUUCAAGAAGGAAGAGAAAGGACCUACAAUUACACAACACGGUUUGAAAAUAGACAUGAAACCUACAAGACACAUCUUAAACCCGCAGAUAAUGUGACUAUUCUUAAGAAUAUAGAAGAUCUCUUCAAACCAAAGUCGAAACAUGAUCCACUACCAAAGUCAAUUCUGGUAGUUGGCCGCCCUGGCAUUGGCAAAACUGUCUUGACGAAAAAGAUGUUACGUCAGUGGCAAGUAAAAUCAUGUAAAUUCUGGCGUGAUAAAAUUGUGAUUUUAAUACGAUUUCGUACUUUCAACGAGGAUGAAGGGAUAACAAGUCUUCGAAAAGCACUUCACUGUUCUGAUGGACUUAAUAUAUCCGAGGCUGAUUUCAAUACAGUUUACGAAUACAUUUGUUUGAUGCCAAGUAAAGUUGUUUUGAUUUUUGAUGGCUUAGACGAACUUAUAGUUGAUGAACAGUAUUUAAAUGAAAAAAGCAAUAAUGCUCUCUACAAUGAAGAAACGCAUAUUUUGUUGAUCUUUAAACAGCUUUUGAAAGGUCAACUAUUGCCAGGAGUGACAGUAAUAACCACGUCUCGACCCACCGCAGAGCACAUUUAUAAUUCUCUGCCAUGGGAAAGAAAGGCCGAAAUAUUAGGUUUUCACGAGGAGCAAAUUCGUGAGUAUGUAACAAAGUUUUGCGUGACGAUGAAAAAAGUUCAGAAAUAUGGAACUUGAUCAAGCAGUCGCCAGAGCUUUUGAGCUUAUGUUACAUACCUGUUAAUUCAUAUAUCGUGUGUUUAACACUUAAGAAAAGCAUUGAUAUGAAU